AUGAAGUACUCCACUAUUCUCGGCCUGACCACACUGGCGGUCGCCAGCCCUGUUGCUGUCGUUGACGAGGAGCAAGCAGCUGCGCGUCUAUAUGGGCGCCAGACGGGCAUCAUCGCGAAGGAGUUCUCCACAGGAGGAUGCAAGGACAAUAUCUUUGUGUUUUCUCGAGGGUCCACCGAAGUCGGCAACAUGGGCGCGAUUUGCGGCCCGCCUACUUCCAACGGUCUCAAGGAGGCCCUCGGCGCCGACAAGGUAGCCACCGAGGGAGUCGACUACGGCGCGCUUCUGUCCACCAACUUCCUCCCCGGAGGCGCCGACCUCGCCGGUAUCGCCACCAUGAAGGGUAUCAUCAACGACGCCGCCAGCCAGUGCCCGGAUUCCAACAUCCUCGUCGGAGGCUACAGUCAGGGUGCCGCGAUGGUACACCGCGUCGUGGAGGACCUGGACCCGGCUGUCCAGGAUAAGAUUGCUGGUGUAGUCACGUUUGGCGACACCCAGAACAAGCAGGAUAACGGGCAGAUCAAGGGGUUCCCGCCUCAGAAGACCAAGGUCAUCUGCAACCCUGGCGACGCUGUCUGUGUUGGAACACUGACUAUUCUGCCCCCGCAUCUGGACUACACCAAGCGGGCAGACGAGGCUGUGAGCUUCUUGGUCAGUAUGGUGCAGGCGAGCGGCAAUGCAGCCGCUUCCAGCGGUGCCUCAGCUACGAGCGGAGCAAAGGCAACAAAGGGAAAGGGCCGCAACAGGAAUUAG